AUGGAGGGAAUACCCCAAUUUCUUCAGUCUAAAAUGUUUUGGAAUGUUUCAACUAACUCCUCAGAGAGCGAAAAUGAAGCUCAGUCAGCCUUUUCACAGACUGAGCACAAUAUAGUCGCAGCUUACUUAAUAACAGCAGGGGUGAUAAGCCUUCUCAGUAACAUAAUUGUGUUAGGCAUCUUUGUUAAGUACAAGGAACUUCGGACAGCAACAAAUGCAAUUAUUAUUAACCUGGCUUUUACCGACAUCGGUGUUAGUGGCAUUGGUUAUCCUAUGUCUGCUGCUUCAGACCUACAUGGAAGCUGGAAAUUUGGAUACACCGGAUGCCAGAUCUAUGCUGCCUUAAAUAUCUUCUUUGGAAUGGCAAGUAUCGGGUUGCUUACAGUUGUUGCAAUUGAUCGUUACCUGACAAUCUGCAGGCCUGAUAUAGGAAGAAGAAUGACUACCCGCAACUAUACUUCCCUGAUCCUAGCUGCCUGGAUAAAUGCUGUCUUUUGGGCCUUGAUGCCUAUUGUAGGGUGGGCUAGCUAUGCCCCAGAUCCAACAGGAGCCACCUGCACGAUAAACUGGCGGAAAAAUGAUGCGUCCUUUGUUUCUUAUACAAUGACUGUAAUUGCUGUUAAUUUUGUCGUGCCCUUAACAGUCAUGUUUUACUGUUACUACAAUGUUUCCCGCACAAUGAAGCAGUACACUACCAGUAACUGCCUGGAGAGCAUCAACAUAGACUGGUCUGAUCAAGUAGACGUAACAAAGAUGUCUGUUGUGAUGAUUGUGAUGUUUUUGGUGGCUUGGUCUCCAUAUUCCAUUGUAUGCUUAUGGUCUUCCUUUGGAGACCCAAAGAAGAUUUCCCCUGCAAUGGCCAUCAUAGCACCUCUAUUUGCAAAAUCUUCCACAUUCUAUAACCCCUGUAUUUAUGUCAUUGCAAACAAAAAGUUCCGGAGAGCAAUCCUGGCAAUGGUUCGAUGUCAGACUCGGCAGGAGAUAACUAUUAAUAACGCCUUACCAAUGAGUGUCUCUCAAAGCACGCUAACAUAA